AGUCGUCGUCAAGCGUCGCCGAACAGGUACCCUAUUUGGCUAAAACCUUAAGACACAUACAAAGAACGUCACUUUAAGGUCCGAAGUUUAAUGGGCUACUAUGAUUAAUUCACCGACAACGAUAUUCUCCUGAUGCUCCGGCUGUCUCCGGCACGCGUUGUUGCCUUUCAGUUGCGUUCGCUUCUCCACACUCGUAGAUUCUCCGAAGCCUCUAGAACCUUACGCCGCGAGCUUCGGGUAGGACACGGACGGAUUCGACCCGAGUUACUCGAGCGGGUCUCGCGUUUGCUCGUGCUCAGAAGGUACGAUGCUUUACAUGAUCUCUCUAUCGAUUUCUCGGAUAAACUUCUCAACUCCCUCCUCCGCAAUUUGAGGCUUAACCCAGAGGCAUGUCUCGAGAUUUUCAAUUUGGCUUCAAAACAGCAAAAGUUCCGGCCUGAUUACACGGCUUAUUGUAAAAUGGUUCACAUCUUGUCCAGAGCUAGAAUGUACGAUAAGACAAGGACGUAUUUAUGUGAACUGGUUGCUCUUAAUCACUCGGGCUUCGUUGUCUGGGACGAGCUCGUUCGGGUUUUCAAGAAGUUUUCAUUCUCUCCUACAGUCUUUGACAUGAUACUGAAAGUUUAUGCAGAGAAUGGUAUGAUCAAGAACGCUUUACAUGUUUUUGACAACAUGGGAAGCUGUGGAAGAAUCCCGAGCUUGCUGUCUUGUAAUAGCCUGUUGAGCAAUUUGGUCAAGAAAGGUGAAAACUUUGUUGCUUUACAUGUUUAUGAUCAGAUGAUUACUUUUGGGGUUUCUCCAGAUGUGUUUACCUGCAGUAUUGUUGUCAAUGCUAACUGUAGAAAUGGAGAAGUGGAUAAAGCCAUGGAAUUUGCAAAAGAAAUGGAGGUUUCAUCCGGUUUGGAGCUGAAUGUGGUAGUUUACAAUAGUCUGAUCAACGGGUAUGCCAUGGUCGGAGAUGUCGAGGGAGUGACAAGAGUAUUGCAGUUGAUGUCUAAAGGAGGGAUUUCUAAGAACAUUGUUACGUAUACUUCGUGGAUCAAGGGUUACUGUAAAAAGGGUUUGAUGGAAGAAGCAGAACAUGUGUUUAAAUCGGUAAAGGAAAAGGAACUUGUUGCAGAUCAGCACAUGUACGGUGUGUUGAUAGACGGAUAUUGUCGCAGUGGUAGAAUCCGUGAUGCGGUUAGGGUUCAUGAUGAUAUGAUGGGGAAGGGAGUGAGAACAAAUACAACCAUUUGUAACUCAUUGAUCAAUGGGUAUUGCAAAUCUGGUCAAUUAGUCAAAGCAGAACAAAUAUUUACGCGGAUGAGCGAUUGGAGCUUGAAACCGGAUCAUCAUACUUAUAAUACCCUUGUGGACGGGUACUGCAGGGCUGGUCGUAUUGACGAGGCAUUAAAGCUUUGUGAUCAAAUGUGUGCAAAAGAGGAAGUUGUACCAACAAUCAUGACUUACAAUAUUCUUCUAAAAGGUUUUACUCGGGUCGGUGCUUUUCAUGAUGUAGUGAGCCUUUGGAAGACGAUGCUAAAAAGAGGUGUUACGGCCAAUGAGAUUAGCUGUAGCACUCUACUCGAAGCAUUGUUCAAGCUUGGCGAUAUUGUUGAAGCUAUGAAGCUCUGGGAGAAUGUCUUAGCAAGAGGUCUUUUGACAGAUACAAUAACCUUAAACGUAAUGAUCAGUGGUCUAUGUAAAAUGGAGAGGGUCAAUGAUGCCAAAGAGAUUCUAGAUAAUGUGCAACGAUUCAGAUGCAAGCCAGAUGUGCAAACAUAUCAAGCGUUGAGCCACGGUUAUUAUAAAGUCGGAAACUUGAAAGAAGCUUUUGGGGUUAAAGAUUCUAUGGAGAGGAAAGGUAUUUUCCCCACCAUAGAAAUGUAUAACACUCUGAUAUCUGGUGCUUUCAAGUGUAGACACUUGAAUAAAGUAGCGGAUCUUGUAAUCGAGCUACGCGCAAGAGGAUUAACUCCUACUGUUGCUACAUAUGGAGCACUUAUCACAGGGUGGUGCAAUAUUGGAAUGAUGGAUAAAGCCUAUGCUACAUGUUUCGAGAUGAUAGAGAAAGGGAUUACCGUAAAUGUGAAUAUCUGCAGCAAGAUUGCAAUCAGUUUGUUUCGGCUUGACAAGAUCGACGAGGCUUGUUUGUUACUGCAGAAGAUUGUGGAUUUUGAUCUUCUUCUUCCCGGUUAUCAGAGCUUUAAAGAGUUUCUUAAGCCUGGUGCUACUACGUGUCCUGAAACACAAAGAAUCGCUGAUUCCCUUGAGAAUAGCACUCCUAAUAAACUCAUAGUUCCCAACAACAUUGUCUACAAUGUAGCUCUCGCAGGUCUCUGUAAAGCUGGGAAACUCAAGGAUGCUCGAAAACUCUUCUCGGACUUACUAUCACGUGAGGCGUUUAUCCCAGACGAAUACACAUACACAAUCUUAAUCCAUGGAUGUGCUAUCGAUGGUGACAUAGAUGAAGCGUUUAAACUCAGGGAUGAGAUGUCUGUAAAAGGUAUUAGUCCUAACAUUGUUACAUACAAUGCUUUGAUAAAAGGCUUGUGCAAAUCAGGGAAUCUAGAUCGCGCUCAGAGGCUUUUACGUAAGCUUCCACAGAAGGGCAUAACUCCUAAUGCCAUUACCUAUAACACAGUGAUUGAGGGACUGAUGAAAUGUGGUCAUGUGGCUGAAGCUUUGCGGUUUAAAGACAAAAUGAUUUUGAUUAGAUAAGCUGAUCGACUGAUCAAACUAGUAAGCUAGCUAUCUAUGUCAUAGUUGUUCCUUCCGGGACAGAUUAGACUUUUUCAUCAUAUACGAUUGUAAUGUUAUUGUAAUAGUUGUGAUUGAUUGAUAAUUAAGUUGCUUCAGA